CCGGCGGCCGUCCCGAUCGCUUUACUGGCGCCCGAACGCGUCGCGAGUGCUUAUCGAGUGAUGUCGACUUGUGACUAGUGCCAUGAUCGUUCACUGUGCCCUCCUGGCGGCGCUGCUCGCCUCAGCCGCGGCCGCUUGGCAGGAGAACGUCCGCCCGAAGGUCUUCGCACAGCUAGGGAUAGACGACACGCACAAAUUCCUCGGAAAUGAAACACACACGGACUUCUUCCGAUUACUUUUGCGAGAUGGGAACUAUCUUCUAGUUGGAGGGAGGAACGUGGUGUAUAACCUCAGUUUGACUGACCUCACAGAGCAAAGAAGGCUGGUGUGGUAUUCAUCAGAAAGCGACGUCCAAAUGUGUGUCGUCAAGGGGAAGGACGAGGAAAGUUGUCAAAAUUACAUUCGAGUGCUAGUAUCCCUGGGAUCGGGGAGGCUACUUAUCUGUGGGACCAACAGUUUCAAACCCGUAUGCCGGGAGUAUGGCGUCCAAAGAGACACCUAUCACAUGGAAAAGGAAAAGUCGGGGCAGGCAGUCUGCCCCUAUGACCCUGAACACAACUCAACCGCUGUAUAUGCAGAUGCGGAGCUGUAUUCAGGCACAGUGGCAGAUUUUAGUGGCAUGGAGCCCAUAAUAUACCGCGAACCACUUCAGACUGAGCCUUACGACUCUAUGACAUUAAACGCCCCCGAUUUCGUGAAUUCGUUAGUACAUGGGAAUUUCGUGUACUUUUUCUUUCGGGAAACAGCGGUGGAAUAUAUCAACUGUGGAAAGUCUGUGUUCUCCCGCGUGGCGCGCGUGUGCCGCGACGACCGAGGGGGCCCACACCGCUUCAAGCAACGCUGGACUUCCUUCCUCAAGUCGCGACUCAAUUGUUCCGUCGCUGGCGACUUCCCCUUCUAUUUUAACGAGAUUCAAUCCACUACAGAACUGAUAGAAGGUGUUUACGGUGGUCUGAACGCACAGUUAAUUUACGGUACCUUCACGACACCGCCAAACAGCAUAUCCGGUAGUGCGGUGUGCGCUUUCAGUAUGCAAGACAUAGCUGAUACCUUCGAAGGAACCUUCAAGGAACAGAGUGCUAUCAACUCCAAUUGGUUGCCUGUUAAUAGUGCUAAGGUACCAGAGCCGAGACCGGGCACCUGUCACAACGACUCCAGGCAGCUGCCGGAUCAAACGUUGAACUUCAUCAAAACGCAUGCGCUAAUGGACGAAUCGGUGCCAGCGUUCUUUGGCGAACCGAUCGUUAUUAGAACCAGUUUUCACUACCGAUUUACACAGAUCGCUGUAGACCCACAGGUGAAAACACCAGGAGGAAAAGCCUAUGAUGUUUUAUUUAUUGGAACAGAUAAUGGCAAAAUAAUAAAAGCGAUAAACGCAGUAUCGUACGACACGAAUAAACGCGCGGCGCCCGUAGUCAUCGAAGAGCUGCAGGCCUUCGGAGCAGGGUCUCCGGUUCGAGCUCUGAGAGUGGCCAGAGCUGGUCGAGAUGCGGCUAGACUCAUUGCAGUGUCAGAUAAGGAAGUCCUAAGUUUGAGACUGCAUCGAUGCUCCAGUGACAAGAUUAGUUCUUGCUCAGAGUGCGUGGCCCUGCAAGACCCGUACUGUGCGUGGGACAAGCAGGCGGGGCGAUGUCGCGCGUUCUCCCACGGCGUCAGUCGCUGGCUCGAUGAGAACUCCUUCUACCAGAGCGUCAGCACUGGUAGUCACGCUGCCUGUCCUCAUAGUAAGGACGCAGGGGCAGUCGGUGGACUCAGUUCCGGACUGUACGAUGACGCCAGAGAGAACAAAGGAGAAGUCAUAAAUAUUGUGCAGGAUAAAGAUGGGAAAGGAAGCAACAAUAAUAACGAAGGCCCAGAGGUCUUAGCGGCAGAUCCACCUCCAGCAGCAUACUCCGUAGAGACGUUGGCGUUGGCGGUGGCAGCGGGGGCACUAGCCGCACUCGGAGCCGGAUUUGCAGCGGGCUACAUCUGUGGAAGACGCUGCAAGAAGGACGACGACGACAACAUGCCCUACCCCGACACGGAGUAUGAGUAUUUUGAGCAGAGGCAGAAUAUUAAUAGGAUCCAAGCGGAGCCGAAGCUGCUCCAGCAAGUGGAGGAGGUGACGUACGCGGAGCCGGUGCUGGCUCCUCAGCCCAAGCCUGCCUCGCCCAGGGCCACGCUGCGCAAACACCCGCCCUACCACCCGCACCACGAAACCCUCUUCCAGUUCCAGCCGGACACCUACCGCCGGGACAACUUCGGGACCCUGCGCUCGCAUCAGGUCAAUUUAACGCAGGAAUGUUCGGACCGCAGGGCGAUGGGUACCGGCGGGGCAACGACAACGGUUUCUCGACAACGCGUUCAGUGAAAAAGGUGUAUCUCUGAGAAACAAGCGGGGCGGACGCGCGCGACCAAUUGCAUCAUCAUAAGCAUAAUGCGCACCAUCACCACACCUUGGUGUCGCAGCGCAGCAGCGGUUCGGGCAGCGUGACCGGCAGCGGAUCUUCUUCGUCUCCGUCACCGCCGUCGUCUUCGCCGUCACCAUCGGGCGAAAGGCCUCCCACGCCCCCGCCCCCCGCACCCCAAGCCUGCGCCUACAUCUACCGCAACUAGCCGCCCCGCCCCUGAAGACAUUCGGUGCGUUGUUAUCGAUUGUGAAUGUGUUUGUUUUCGCCCGAGAGACGUGUCCCGGUGCGACGUUGUUAUUCCGACUUGUUGUUGAUGGACGAUGAACUUUGAUUGUUCUGUGUGAUUUAUCGGCGACCGACCGAUGCUCACUUCUGUAACGGGAUCGAACUUAAAUUUGUCGAACCGCUUAUCGCUAUGGAUCCAUUGUUGACGGCAUCGAUAGUGAUCGAGACUACGUUGUGACUUGUGAGACGUUCUAGAAUACGACCUUGUAAUUCCAAAGGUUCUUAUUCUACAGACGUUUCUCAGAGUGUAUUUUUUUUAAUUAUAAGUAUCGUAUGUACGGUGGCUGACUUUGUAGAUCGUUUAGAAAGCAUAGUUUACUGGUAAUUUAGGUAAAUUAUAAGUUUUGUUGGUAACAUGUUGCUACAUGGUUGGUACGACACGUUGCAAGUUUUCUCAUACUUUGAUAUUAUCUUCAUUCGAGGAACAUGCAAUUCACGAGUCGCUUUCUUACUACUUUAGAGUUAAAAGUUAAAGAUCUACUAUGUCGCUGCGAGUCGAGAUGAAAGUUGACUUAAAAUGCUUAAGUCUUUAUUAAAAAGCUUGAAAUGUCGACCUUAAAAGGUUGAAUAAAUGAUAAGAAUUAUAAAGUUUCCAUGUUCAUUUUAAUA